AUGGCCAAAAAACUCACAAUCCUUCUGUCUAUGCUCCAAUUCCUUCCAUUUCUCUGCAAUUCCUUCAAUCCUGAAUCAUCUACAGAACGCCCUCGCCGACGAUCCCAAGAUCGGUCUCAAACUCUAUGGCCAGUACUUAUACGACGCUUUAAUCCUCUUCUGCCCCACUGUCGAGCGUUUUGGAGGAUAAUUGCUGCUGAUGUUAACGCCUCUGAUUUGAUCCGUGAAAUUGCUAUCGAGAGUGGAGUUGAUUUUGAUUUAGACCCUGGGGCUAUGGUUAUUGAUCACAUGAGCUAUGCGGUUUCGGAGGCUGAAGGAGAUCAUACUUUGAUUGCUAGUGAUGACUUUAUUAAGUCUGAUGUGAUACUGGGCGGCAAGAAUAUUGAAGCUCCUGUACUUUUCCAGGGAAUUGCUCAUACAUUAAAUCCCGCCAGUAGCUUGGUAUUGAAAGUUCUCUCAGCUUCUCCUUCAGCCUAUUCAGCUGAUCCAAAGGCCAAGUUGUUGAAUUCUCCUUCACUUAUUGGAUCUGCCAUCUCUUUAGUGUCGAUUGUGCAGGCAAGAAAUAAUGGCCGGAUUUUGAUUGCUGGCUCAUUAAGAAUGUUUAGCAAUCGAUUCUUCAAAUCUGGGGUGCAUAAGGCUGGGAGCUCAACCAAAUAUGAGAAAUCUGGUAAUGAGCAAUUUUUGACUGAACUCAGCAAAUGGGUUUUCCAUGAAAGAGGUCAUCUUCAGCUAAGGCAUGCUGUGAACGUGAGACACCACAAAAGCGGGGAAGUAGAUGAACCUGAAGUAUACAGAAUCAAUGAUGACUUGGAAUACUUGGUUGAAAUAUAUGAGUGGUCUGGAAAAAGCUGGGAACCAUAUGUUGCAGAUGAUGUUCAAUUGCAGUUUUACAUGAUGAGCCCCUAUGUUUUGAAAACCGUAUGGACGGAUAAGAAGGGUCUCUAUCAUGCUGCUUUCAAGGUACCAGAUGUUUAUGGGGUUUUCCAGUUCAAAAUUGAGUACCAAAGAUUAGGAUAUACAAGCUUAUCCCUAUCAAAGCAGAUUCCAGUCCGUCCUUAUAAGCAUAAUGCAUAUGAAAGGUUCAUUCCUGCAGCUUAUCCUUAUUAUGGAGCAGCAUUUUCUAUGAUGGCAGGUUUCUUCAUAUUCACUUUAGUUCACCUCUACAGCAAGUAGCAGCUAGAAUCUUUUUCAGAGUCCAGACAGCCUUUUCCGGCCCUAACUCAAUCCCGCACCCUAUUCAAACCCUUCUCCUCGCCUCGCCCCCACUGUCCCCUCAUGAAGAAAAGAAGAAAACAACAUCAUGCGAUGAUAUGGCAAGGAAUUUUCCUGAUGCGUAGAAAUUAAUUUAGAAAAUGAACGUUAUGUGAUAACUUCUGAUUUAGGGGAUAAUAAUACGGCGAGAUUAAUUUUGCAAUGCUGAUUUGUCCAUAAUUUUAUAUUUUUGACGGAAGGAAAUAUAUUGGUGUGUGUAUAUAUAUAUAUACACUAGUGUUUUUUGUAACGCCUUGCGAGUUGUUAUUAUUUA